AUGUCUCAGGUGCGACAGACAAUGUCUCGCGAACCGCUUCUACCUCAAAGCCAACCAGCAGCAGCGGCAGGUGCCGGCGGAGCUGGCGCAAGAGCGACCUCUUCAGACAUGUCCCGUCGUCAGUCUUCCUCCUCCUCAUCCCGUCGCUCCUUUAGGGAUGCUCGUAGAAGCGAGAUCCGCAACUCUCUCAACAGGAGCGGCUUUUCCAACGUGAAUGGAGCACUUGCAGAUACCGAACCUAUGCUUCCUGCUGCUCCUGUUCCUGCUCACCUCGACACCGACACGCACGACCCCCGAUGGGCAGAGCGAAAUGGCAAAGCGAACAAGAUUCAGCAGUUCCGCUAUGUCUGGCGUGAGGAGCUAGGCGAAUUUCUGGGUGCCGCAAUGAUUGUGAGUAGGUCGCUGAGAAUGCUGAAUGGGAAGAGGAGGAAGGUAGUAUCAAUCACCCACCUUGACGGUAGGGUGAGGCUGGUACGUAUGAUCGCGUAGCCAGUGAUCGUGAUGGUCUCCAAGUUUCUGGCCCCAUGAUCGUGUGGAUGCCAUAUUCACACGUUGCACCUCCUCUCGCUUGCGAUUCAGAUCCUCUUUGGCUGCGGUGUGGAGUGUCAAGUGCAGCUGCACAUGGGUCUAGGAAGCGGACCGGACGCUGCCAAGAGUCUGAUUUCACGCUUCGCUUGGGCGACGGGUGUAGCAGUCGGUAUCUGGACUUCUGGAGGAGUGAGCGGAGCUCAUUUGAACCCCACCGUGACGAUCGCCUUGGCAGUCUUCCGAGGAUUCCCAGCACGAAGAGUGCCUUGGUUCAUCGCUUCGCAGAUCCUAGGUUGCGCAGCAGCCGCGCUGCUCAUCUACGCCAAUUACUACUACAGCAUCUCUCUGUACGAAGGUGGUCAACACAUUCGAUCCGUCACUGGUCCUCACUCUACCGCUGGUCUCUUCUUCACCUUCCCUUACGACAUUCUUCCAUGGACCAGCGCAGCUUACUCGGAAUUCCUGGCUAGCGCAGUCCUGGUAGCUGUGGUCUUUGCUCUCAGCGAUCAAGCCAAUCUGCCUCCUCCUACCGGUCUCAUGCCUCUAGCCAUGUGGAUCGUGCUAGUGGGUAUAGGCGCAGCUUUGGGAAUCAACACUGGCUACGCCAUGAACUUGGCCAGAGACUCUGGUCCCAGAUUAGCCUGCUGGCUCGUCGGUUAUGGCAACGAAGUGUGGACCAACAAUCACUUUUACUUUGCUUGGGGUCCCGGUCUCAGCGCUAUCCUCGGAGGUCUUGCUGGUGGUGCCAUCUAUGAUCUCCUCAUCUACACCGGACAAGACUCUCCCCUCAAUCGUCCAGUGGGCGGACAUGACAACCCACUCUACGAGCAAGUGGUCAUCGACGAAGAGUAG